AUGGACGAUGAAAGUGAAAUAAGUGGUGGGUCAUCACCCUUUCUUGAGUCUCCAGAUGCCUUCCAACCACAAGAAAGGCAAGAUACGGAAUUAAACCAAGAGUUAGACGUUAUCACUACUAAGCCUUAUACUCCCCCUUCUGUUCCUACUGCCACUAGUGAAAAGGACAGACAGUUAUUGGAUUUGGAGUAUAAAUUAAGUACAUUACAAAACGAAUAUGAAUUGGAAAAAUUACAAGCACAACGACAAUUUAAAGACUUAGAAAAGAAACACAAAGCUACUGUUGAGGAGUUGGAAGGUGCUCUCGAUAAUACACGACUUUUACAUGAUGAAAAUGAACGUAUUGUAGCUGAAUUGGAUAAAAUUAAAUUUGAAUUGCACAAUGUUGAUUCAGAUAAGGAUUCUCAAAUACAUGAUUUAGAAGUAAAUGUAUUGGAAAAAGAUAAACAAAUAGAUGAUUUAAAAUUACAGUACGAAUCUGAAAGUUUGAAGUUUAACUACGAAAUAGAAAAUUUACAAACUGAAAAAGAGAAUGCUGAUGAAUUAGUAGAAAAGUAUAAUACUGAAAUUAUUAGACAAGCGAAUGAUAUCAAAAAACUUUCAAAGGAACUUAACAAUAAAAAUGAUGAGAUAUUAAACUUGAAAAAUUCAAAUAUAUUAAACUCUCAUCCAAAUUACAAUACGGAAGAGUUCCAAGAUCUUUCAACAAUGAACAAACUUUUCAAAGAACAGGCACAAUAUUGUAAAGAAUUAGAAGAAAUUAAUUUAAAGCAGGCCAAUGAGUUGAAAAAAUAUAGAAAUGCAGAAGAAUCUUCGAGUUUUUGGAAAACUGAAAGCGAAAGGUUGGAAUUGAAAGUUCAAAAGUUAGAGUACAUCGAAAAGAAAUUCGAAGAUACACAAAUUGAGUUAUUAGAUUUGAAAACUAAAUUGACGCAAUAUAAUAUGUUUACGGAAGAAUUGAAAGGUAGAGAUACGUUUGAUAUACAACCAGAAGAUAUAAUCAAUGAGCUGGAUUUAUUGAAAAAGGAAAAUUUGGUAGUAAUCGAUGAAAAUUCAAAAUUAAAUAUAAAUAUGAGCAAUAUGAAAAUAUUAAAUGAAGAACUUGCACUCGAACGAACUCAAUUAUUAAACUUAAAUAAAGAUUAUGAAAAUAAUAUUAUUAAUCUGAAGAAACUUAAUUAUGAAUUGGAACAACAGAAGAUCUUAUCCUUUGAAGAAUGUAAAUUAUUGCGUCAACAAUUGCAAGAUCUCGAUGAUUUCACAAAUAAUAGUAUCAAAGAAAAUACUAUUGGUAACAAUGAUGAAAAUGAAAACCUAAGCCUUCGUAAGAUCGACAGUGAUACCAAUAAUUUAAUUGAAAAUUAUAAAAAUAGAACAGGUGAGUUAACUGGCGAAUUAAAGAAAUUAAACGAACAGAUGUUAGCAUCCCAAGAAGCAGAGGCUCAAAAUGUUAAAAAGAGGAAAUUGAAAGACACAAACGGCAUGACUUAUUAUUCACAAAGAAUAAAUGAGUUACAACUUGAAAAUGGUAAAUUAUCUAGAGACCUACAAAAAUAUCAAAAUUUAAAUGGAUUACUAGAGACUAAGCUCACAAAAUUAUUAAGUUUGAAAGAGAAAAAAAUUAGAAUUGUUGAGCUUCGUGAUAACCCAUUGGCAAGAGAUCAGUUUGUUAAAAGAAAAAAUAUGAAACUCUUACAGCAAGAGAAUACCGAUUUACUUGCACAGCUCCAAUCGAAUCCAGAUCUGAAGACAAUCCCCAUUUCUGUUUAUGAAUCAUUAAAUUUUGAUAUCAAGCAACAAGAACAAGAAAUAUUCAAAGCAAAUAAGAAAUUUACAAGGUUAAAGGAAGUAUACAAUAAAAAAUCCUUAGAAUUUAUUGAUGUAGUAAAUUCUAUUCUCGGCUUUAAAUUAGAAUUUAGGCCAGAUAAUAAAGUAAAAAUAUAUUCAUGCUAUAUGCCAAAAACUUAUCUAGUAGUGGAUUUAAAACACAACACGCUUGAGUCAAAUAUGGCCAUUGAUAACUGGGAUGAGCUUUUAGAAACUUGGAUUGAAAAAAGGGGUCAAAUACCCUGCUUUUUGGCAACAAUAACAUUGCAAUUGUUCAACUCAUCACAGGCCAUUGGUACCGAUAUAUAG